AUGCCUUCCAAGAAAGCCAAAAAGGCAGCGCCGCCCAGCAUGGGCCCUCUGCUGGCCAUCCUCGCCCUGCUGACGGGCCUCUUUGCCUCAGUCAUCUACAUGAUCGACCAGCACGCCGACAAUUUCUACAUCUUCGACCCAAGCGAGCUGCACAACCUCUCGCAGCGCGCCAUUGCCGCACAUGGGGAGGACAUGCAUGGCAUCAAGGACUACAUUGUCUCUGAGCUGAGCGCGAAGCACCCUGACCACGUGAACGUGGGCGAGGAAUGGUUCUUCAACAAUGCCGGCGGUGCCAUGGGCGGCAUGUUCAUCAUCCACGCAAGCAUCACCGAGUACCUCAUCAUUUUUGGCACCGCCGUCGGCACCGAGGGCCACAGUGGGCGUCACACGAGCGAUGACUACUUCAACAUCCUCAGGGGUACGCAGCUCGCGUACUCGCUCGGGUCGUUUGAGCCCGAGGUCUACCCAGCCGGGAGCGUCCAUCACAUGCACAGGGGCGAUGUGAAGCAGUACAAGAUGCCCGAGGGGUGCUUCGCGCUGGAGUAUGCCAGGGGAUGGAUCCCUCCCAUGCUCUUCUUCGGGUACGCGGAUGGAUUCACGAGCACCCUCGAUGUCCCAACAUUGUGGAUGACAACAAAGAUCUCGGCUCGGGAGAUCAUUGGCAAUCUUCUCAAGGGCAAGAUCUAG